AUGGCGUCUCGUCCCGACCCGGCUUUCGGUGUUUGCUGCACAGGCGCUGUGCGCGCCGCGAGCCCCCCAUACCUACACCUCGGCGACGGCAAGGUCAAGGUCGCCGCAGAGGCACGGAAGCCAGCCGCACGGCGAGAGCACUCGGAGCGCUCCGGAACGGCACUGCGGCAGAGGGAAUAUCGGUCGAGGGUAUCCACAUGGCGCCUGGAUCUAUCGUUCGCUGCCGGCAGUUCGGCGCCCGAACGGUGGCAAGGUCGCAUCAUGCGUCCGCCCUGUAAUACUUGCAACGUUCCGUACCGCAGCACAAAUGGUCCGCAGCAGUUACUUGCAUAG